AUGACAAAGACAACAAACACACAAGAACAACGAAGACGACAAGGACAACAAAAUAUUCCAUAUAAUGAUGUUCCUAGUCUUUCAUGUGAAGACAUUCCUGAUCCUUCGAAUGAUAAUUUUCUGAAGUUAACGAUCCUCGGUACAGAAGCGAAAAAUGUCCCUUCAGAAUUUCCCACCCGACGAUUUUUGAUAAUGGUUGAAUGUCUGGUAGGUAUCCUUUUAAAAUCCUUUUCGAUUUCACUUUCACAAUCUUCACUUGUUAUGAUUUUAUUGUAA